AUGGCACCAACAAGAUACCCCGCCGAGGAUGUCGACCCCAGACCCCUCGCGCAGCCCCUCAAAUUCGAAUUCAGCGGCAAGACGGCGCCGAACCGCUUCAUGAAGGCGGCCAUGACGGAGCGUCUGUCGACUUGGGACCCCAAGGUUUUCGAGAAGCGCGGUGUGCCGACACCGGAGUUGAUCAACGUCUACCGUCGUUGGGGCGAGGGCGGCUUCGGUGUCAUCCUCACGGGCAAUGUCAUGAUCGACUACAACCAGCUCGAGGCCCCAGGCAACCCCAUUAUCCCGCUCGACGCGCCAUUCGAGGGCGAGCGAUUUGAAGGUUUCAAGGCCGUUGCCGAGGCGUCUAAGAAGCACGGCAGCUUGGUUCACGCGCAGCUCAGUCACCCGGGUCGUCAGGUCACUCAAAACGUCAACCCCAACCCCAUUUCGGCCAGCGAUGUGCAGCUUGAGGGCGACAUCAUGGGCAUGACGUUCGCUAAGCCCCGUCCGAUGGAGAAGGAGGACUUUGAGAAGGUUAUCAACGGCUUCGCCCACGCCGCCGAGUACUGCUACAAGGCAGGUUUCGACGGUAUCCAGCUGCACGGUGCUCACGGCUACCUCCUCGCUCAGUUCCUCGCACCGAGCACCAACAAGCGCACCGACCAGUACGGUGGAUCGCUGACCAACCGGGCCCGGCUCAUUUUCGAGAUCGCGGACGCCAUCCGGCAGCGCGUGCCUGACCCGACCUUCAGCCUCGGCAUCAAGGUCAACAGCGUUGAGUUCCAGGAGGGCGGCUUUUCUACUGAAGACUGCAAGCAGCUUUGUGCCGCGUUGGAGGCGCACAAGUUCGACUUUGUUGAGCUGUCGGGCGGCACGUACCAGGAGCUCGGUUUCGAGCACAAGCGCGAGUCGACCAAGAAGCGCGAGGCUUUCUUCCUCGACUUUGCGGAGCAGAUCAUUCCCCAGCUUAACAAGACCCGUGCGUACGUCACUGGCGGUCUAAGAACGACGGCAGCGAUGGUGAAUGCGCUCAAGACGGUGCACGGCAUCGGUCUGGCGCGACCCGUCUGCAACGAAUUCGAUCUGCCCAAGAAGCUCAUCGGCGGCGAGGCCAGAAGUGCCAUCCAGACACUGCUCGGUGAGCAGAACUUUGGCCUUACCAACAUGCUGGCCGGCACACAGAUGCGUCUUGUUGGUCAGGACAAGGAGCCUCUGGAUGUCAGCAACGAGAAGUACAAGGAAGUGUUUGAGAAGUCGAUGGAGAAGUGGUCGCAGGAGAUGGCCAAGAACAGCGACAACUCCAAGUAUGGGUACAUUGACAUUGAGGGAACGGAGCUGCAGCCGUUCGGAACGCCUUAUGCCACCAUGAUCGAGCCCUCUCUCCGUGUCCGCCGUGCCAUAACGGCUAACGAUGCUCUACUUGUCAAAAGGAUCUUGAGAUCUCACCCGGGACUUCUUCAUAACCCAGAUCCCUCGCCUGAGGGUCUCUCCAACUCGAAUCUUCACCUCGCCGCUUCGCUAGGCCACCUCCCCAUCUGCAAGGUCCUCCUCGACUAUGGACACGAGUCACCGGACCCCGCUCUCAACGAACACCACCAGACAGCCCUGAUGCUCGCCGCCGCUGCAGGCCAUAUUGAGGUCGUGCACUUCCUCUGCGAACGGACGCCGCAGGUCAUCCUACGCCGCGACAUCCGCUGGCGCGACGCCAUCAUGGAGGCAAGCCGGGGUGGCCACGAUACAGUACUACAGAUUCUGCUCACCUACGUUCCCGGAGGGGCACAGGAGGCAGUGCAGAGAGCAGACCUGGACGGCAACACGGCGCUGCAUUUUGCGAGCGGCAACGGGAACCUCUUGGUUCUGCGAACAUUGCUUGCCGCGGGGGCUGAUGCGGAGCGACGCAACAUGUGGAGCUGGACGGCCAUGUCAUACAGUGCUACAGUGCAGGCUGAGGUCUAUCUUAAGGGGCUCGUAACGGAGGUCGAGCGCAGGAAAAUGGUGCGGAGGGAGGUAGAGGGGCUGAAGAAGGCAGGCGCCGUACGAGUGGUUGAGUCGGAUGUCGAAGUUGAGGAUUGA